CCUCGCUCCCCCCCUCAUUCCACAUGCAUGAUGAUACCAUAUCCCUCAAUCUCGCUGGCUUCUUGGGGUUUUUUCUUUCUUUCUUUUUUUUUUUUUUUUCCUUUUCCCAGAAAUUGUAUUUUGAAGACAACCAAAAGGAGAACGUGUUCUGGGUGCGGCUGCAUGUGAUUUACCCAAUAGCCAAAGUGGGGGGGCGCCGAAGGGGAAGAACAGAGCGUCUGCUGCUGAAGGGAGUGGAGGCUGAGGGCUGCAGGAUGAAGACUUCUGGAACCUGUAUACUGUUUUGUCUCUUAACACUCUUCUUGUCCCCAGCUGACUGGUUUCCAUGGAUGGUCAAUGGGCAAGAACCAGAAAUUGUAGCUGGUGAAGUUAGCCCUGAGAGCAGCUCUGAUGCAGCUGUCAUACCACCUGUGCUUCUCCCUCCUGUUCAGUCUGACAGCGAAACGACAACGGCUUCAUCAGAUUGUCGUGAGGAAAAGUUCCCUUGCACACGCCUGUACUCUGUUCACAAGCCAGUAAAGCAGUGUAUCAGCUACCUCUGUGUUACAAGUGUGCGUCGCAUGUACAUAAUAAACAAGGAGGUAUGCUCUCGCAUUGUCUGCAAGGAGAAUGAGGUCAUGCAAGAUGAGAUCUGCCGCCAGCUGGCUGGCCUUCCUCCUCGACGUCUCCGCCGAUCCGGGCAGCCCCUGCCUCUCCCUUGCAGAGAGCUCCUGGAGCAGCCGCGCAGGCCUGAUGCUCUGUGAGCUACCCACUGGAGGAGAGGAAAAGGAAGAGAGAGAAGAGAAAUUAUCAUCCACUACCUACAGUCCAAGACAAGUGCUUCUUGUUCAUGAUUUCCCCACCAUUUCCUUGCUUCUAUGCCUUCCCUUACAUCCUCUUCUUCAGGUGCUGCAGUGCACAGAGUACUCUCUCUGCUAGUCUGUCAUGGUAGCUGUUGUCAUCUUUAUAAUCUGUUGCUGAAGAUAUGGGAUUCUCCCCUUUUCUCUCAUACUCUGCCUGGCAGGCCAUGAGAUGCUCAUUUCCCAGAGGUCCUUAUAAAUGUGCUGCACCUUCUCUUGCUUUGCCCCUCAAGAGACAUAGAAAUGGGGACAGGACAUAGUCCUCUCCAAUGGUGUAGAUGCCCUAAGCUGCAUCUCAUCUCACCUUUAUGCCCUAGGACUCCUGCCCUAGAUUUCUUGCCUGACAUGAGUAUGAGCUCGGAUGUGGUUGGUCAGCCUGAGCCUCUCCGAUUCUCCUGAGCCACUGUUGUGUGAUAGCACAGUCUCCUCCUUGUGUCUGCUGGCCUCAGGGAAGUGACAGAACUGGGAGAUGAGCUGUCCUGAACCCAAGGCAAACCUCAUUGUCCCUGGAUGGCAACAGAUCAUUUAUAACUACCUCUGGGAAGUUCUUUGUCUCAAGCCCAUUGCCUCCCUCACGCACGUCUUCUACCAAAAGGAAGAAUUCUGGAUUUAGUAUGGCAUUAUACUUUUCUCAAGAAGAUUACGUUGGAACAGAGUGCUGCCUCUUCUACUCCUCCUCCUCUCCUCUCCCCUGUUCUUGUCCCUCCCUUCCCACUGAAGACAUCUCUUGAUGCCCAUUCCAGGCAAGUUCCAGGGAGCAGUAAUUAUGGCUGCCUCCACUCCUACGCCCAAGAAAGCCCAUGAAGAACCUGUGUGGCCUGACAUUACUGAUAACUUGCAAUGAAUUAUCUUGUCCUGGUGUCUUGUCUGGGUCUGGCUACCUCCACACUCUCCAGCUGCUGUGCCUGCUUUCAAUAUCUCCAGCUGUGUUCCUACCUCCUGACCUGGAAGCUCCUGCACAAAGCAAAAGGGGUCACAAACUGGAAUCGGAUGUGGGAAUAGAAUCAUUAUCUGGGAUCCCUGUUUAUCUGGGACCUGGGAUUUUCCUGCAGAAUCUCUGACUGUGCUGACCUGCACAGAGCCAGGUGCUGAUGGGGAAGGUAAACAUAUCUGCAGGUAUAAGCACUUACACAGGCCAGCCUGGGCAGAAGAAUUCACUGUGGUAGCACUGGAUGUCUGGUCUGCUCAAGAACUUUGUUUUCUAGAUAUAUAGAGAACAUUACCAGCUAUAUGGGCAGUUUUCAUGAUGAGACUGGGUAGGGUAAGUGGGGAAGAGUAGUCUGAAUUGUAUUAAUCACUCUGUGUGACUUUUAGGGGCAUGAUUCUGUGGGGCACGGGAGCACUGCAGCAGAGGAUCAGCAAGACCCUGUCUCUAGGAUCUCUGUGUUGUUCCCAAGUAACUGAAAGCCAGUUUGCUAGAUUAGGCAUUCACUCCCCUCACAUAAUAAACUCUUCUGCUGAACAGAGACCAUUCAGCCUUGCAGGAGCACUGCCCUGCUGCACAGAGCCAGGGUCACACAGUAUUGGGGACAGCUUGCUGCACGGAGGCAGACGUCUCAGAAAAAGAGCAGAACAAUUAGUGUAGGACCAUGUCGCCAGGACCCGCAUUCCUGCUGUGUGCAGCAAGAAACUGGUUACAUCCUCUGUGUAGGGGAAGACACCCUUCAUGGACAGAUUCCACAUGAGGUCAAAAUUAGCCCUAGAUGGGCUAAAUCUCUCUAUAUUAAUCCAGUAUACAGGAGAGAGAAUUCCAAAUUACAUGGUGACUAGAAUUUUGUCCCACAUAUAGGAGCAUUGCACCCCUACUCAGAAGAUGAUGCUACUCCCAAGUACUCCAGGCUCAUGAGAUUAGGAAUGAAGGAGAAUGCACAUUUCUGUAGAGAGGAGGGUACUGAGAGCUUGAUCUCAAAGACAUUCAAGCCACUGGCAGCCACGGGCUUCCAUGCUGGGAUACCUGUGAAAAUUGCCUGUGUGGAGGAAGGUAGGAUGGAGAUGAGAUGUUAGAGCUUGGAAAUUGGACUAGGUCAAGUCUCCACUCUGUAUUUAGAGGUGAAUAUACAUUGCUAUAGAUACAUAACUGGGUAACAUAGCUACUGUACAGCAUAUAGAAAUCUAACUUUCAUACAGGUUGGGAAGUGGUUAGAAGUCUUUCUGUUGCUUGCUUUCAGCAGGGACAGGAAGAGGUGCUCCUGUUCAGGGGAACACUGUUUUAAUGCUAGAGUCUAUAUAAUCCAUAUUAAAAGAAAAUUUAUUUCUUGUUAUUCUUGGCAA